AGAGAGUGGUGAUGGACUGGACACUGGAGUUUCGAAACAAAGGGGAGCAGGCCUCGUGUAGCCGAACGAAGAUCAAAAAGAAGCAUGAAAAUGAACAUACAAAAAAAGAAAGAAACGUAGGACUACGGGUAAAACUAGUAAAUAAAUCCGAGGUUCUGUUUGACUUUUAAUCUAUCUAUUGGAGAACUGACUACGUCGUUACAUUCACGAAGUCCGAAUCUUUUGGCCACCCACUUAAUGCAAAUUAUCCCGAAAACUUUUAUCUCUAUGGAUUUUAGGUCCUACUAUUCGUUUGGUUCGAUUACUUAGAAGAAAAGAGAACCUUACCGACGAGUACUUGUUUAAUUAUUUGUUCACAAAAAAUACAUCUUUGGAUUUUUUUUUGGUUUCUGUUUCCUAUGAGAGCUUUUACUUUAUGUGUUCGUCAAAGGGCCUUAUAGUUGUAAUCUCUGUCGCCCUCUUUUAUUUCUUUUCCUUAGUUUUGAUGUUUGACCUGAGGUUAGAUUUGUCUGACUCAUACUGUUUUAACACUUGAGAAUAAUAUAAUCUGAUUUUGGGCUUUUGAUUGUUUUUCUUUCGUGGAGUGUAAAUUGGGAUAUAAAAAAAAAGUUCUUAUUUUUAUAGAUUCAUUUUUUCGAAAUAAAAAAUUUGAGAAGUGAAUUUUAAGGGCCUAGGGUUACCUUUUUCUUACUUUGCUUGUCCAUUCAGUGCUUGUUUAUGAUUCUACAAGCCGCGGACUCACUUGGAUCAUCGAUGUUUCUCGAUUCCCCCUUCUGGGUAGUUGAAGACCUUUAAUCCCCGGAUGGGUCGGUGGGUUUUCUGUUUUAUCGUCUGAAGGGGUGAGUUUUCCUCCUUAUCCGAUCUGGGUCUUGGCUAUUUCCUCGGUUUUGAUAGCUUUCGGCAUUGAAAAUUGAGGGCUUUUCAACAUUUUAUUCGAUCAGUGGUAGAAAAUUGAUUAAUUUUGCUCAUAUCUCCAUGAUAAGGAUAUAGGGUUUGAUUUGCUUCGGUUCUGGAUUCCCUGGCCUUUUAGUGUUUGGGUGGUGAAUUCUGGCUUGGUGGCUGGGAUUUGGGUUGUUUGCUUGCUUAGAUUUUUAGGAUCUGCUUGUGGGUCUUGAUGGGUUGUGGGCGGAUUCUCCUUUGGGGUGGAAAUUGGUGCAGAGUUUGAAUCAAGUGGGUGUCAUGAUUUCGGGUUCCAAGUGUUCUGUAAGAAGCUUGUGAGGCUUUUUGGCAUAAGAGAAUUGGUGGUUCUACUCUCCCGGAAAGAGAAUACUAGCAUUGUGAAUGAUGGUUCAUCCUCAAGGCGCUUCAAAACAGACAUGUAGUCUUCUUGCUGUUACCUGUGGGAAAUUUUCGGAAGAUAAACUCAAGAAGGAUGCUGCAGAGGAUGAGCCCAGAUAUCCUUUUCCUGAAUUGGCGUCUUCUGGACGUUUGGAGGUUCAGACUCUGACCAAUCCAAGCAAAGAUGAGUUCUGUAGGACCCUGGAAUCAUAUAGACCGAGUAUUGUUUACUUGCAAGGAGUGCAACUCGAGAAUGAUGAAGUUGGGCGUCUGGUGUGGCAAGGUGUUGACAUGUCCACCCCAGAAGUUAUAUCUGAGAUCUUUGCCACCACAUUGCCUACCGCAGUUUAUUUGGAGAUCCCAAAUGGAGACAAAUUAGCAGAGGUGCUUCACUCAAAGGGGAUUCCUUAUGUGAUAUAUUGGAAGAAUGCAAUUUCUUAUUAUGCUGCUUGCCAUUUUCGUCAUGCAUUAUUUUCGGUGGUACAAAGUUCAUCAACUCAUACAUGGGAUGCUUUCCAACUUGCACGAGCUUCCUUCAGGCUCUACUGUGUAAGAAACAACUAUGUCCUUCCUAAUAACAGCCAUAAAGUUACUGGUGAGUUGGGGCCAUUCCUUAUAGGGGAUCGAUUGAAAAUCAGUGUCGAUCCCCCUGAGAUAGAUGCAGAGGGAGAUGAUGAAAGUUCUUCAGGUACUCUACCUGCCAUAAAGAUACACGAUGAUGAUGUGAGCUUAAGGUUUCUUGUUUGUGGAGUGCCUUGCACAUUGGAUGCAUGCAUGCUAGAAUCAUUGGCAGAUGGCCUCAAUGCCCUCUUGAACAUUGAACUACGUGGGAGCAAACUUCACGGCAAAUUUAGUGCCCCUCCACCGCCACUUCAGGCAGGGACUUUUUCUCGUGGUGUAGUUACCAUGCGAUGCGAUGUGACAACCAGCAGUUGUGCCCACAUCUCAUUUCUGGUGUCUGGAAGUGCGCAAACUUGCUUUGAUGAUCAGCUCCUGGAGAAUCAUAUAAAGAACGAAAUUAUUGAGAAGAGUCAACCAGUUCAUACAGUGCCUGACGGUGAGGAAAACAAAAUUACAUUCUCUGAGCCUCGUAGAUCUGUUUCAAUUGCCUGUGGGGCAACAGUAUUUGAAGUUGGCAUGAAGGUCCCUACGUGGGCUUCACAGGUUUUGAGGCAGUUAGCCCCAGAUGUUUCGUAUCGUAGUUUAGUUGCACUUGGCAUUGCCAGCAUCCAGGGAUUGCCUGUUGCUUCUUUCGAGAGAGAUGAUGCGGAGCGUUUACUCUUUUUCUAUCCAAGGCACGGGAAAGAUACCUGCAUGGACAAUUUAAUUUUUAGCAGUCCCCCAAGUUGGUUGAGACCACCUGCUCCCAGUCGAAAGAAAUCUGAACCAAGACAAGAAACUACACCUACAUCUCAUGAUGGUGUCUCUAGUAAGAUUAUUGAUGAAGAGAGCAAGGUCACUGGAUUGAGGAAUGGGGCUAGCAUGCCCUUACUCCCUGCUAGGAAACGACUGAAGGUUGCUGCAAUGAGACCUAUUCCUCAUGUUCGGCACCAUAAAAUGACACCAUUUUCGGGAAUGUCCGAGGCAGAUGGGCAUGAUGGAGGCCAAGUUAAGGCUAAUUUGCCGGUUGUUGUCCCUACAAAGCAUAGUAUUGUAGGAUCAACUCCUACAACACAACGAAGAUCAUAUUCGAGCACAUCUCAGUCUAAGCAGAUCAUUUCCUUGAAUCCACUACCUCUGAAGAAACAUGGGUGUGGUAGAAGUCCAAUGCAUAAUUGUUCUGAGGAGGAGUUUCUGAAGGAUGUGAUGCAGUUUCUAAUCCUUCGAGGACACAGUCGACUUAUACCUCAAGGUGGGCUUGCUGAGUUUCCAGAUGCCAUACUUAAUGGGAAGCGUCUUGACCUCUACAACUUAUACAAAGAGGUGGUUACAAGAGGAGGCUUUCAUGUUGGCAACGGUAUCAAUUGGAAAGGGCAGAUCUUUUCAAAGAUGCAUAAUUACACUAUGACGAAUAGAAUGACAGGAGUUGGCAAUACGCUAAAGAGACACUAUGAAACUUACCUUCUAGAAUACGAAUUGGCUCAUGAUGAUGUAGAUGGGGAGUGUUGCCUGCUAUGCCACAGUAGUGCAGCAGGGGAUUGGGUGAAUUGUGGCAUAUGUGGCGAGUGGGCCCACUUUGGCUGUGACAGAAGGCAGGGUCUUGGUGCUUUUAAGGAUUAUGCAAAAACAGAUGGGCUGGAAUACAUAUGUCCACAUUGUAGCAUUACAAAUUUUAAGAAGAAACCACAGAAAGUCGGAAACGGAUUUCCUCAAGGCUUAAUGGUAUCAAGACCGCUGUGAUUCAGUUUUGCAUCUCUUCUUUUGUUUUUUCCCCUGUUUGGCUCACUAGUUUUAGGCUUUCUUUUCCUUAUAUCAUGUUCAUGAGAGACUGAAUUUAUUCGGCUGUCGGGGUUAGAUGUACUUACUAUGAUCUCAUCCAUUUUCAUCGGAAGUAAAUUAGGAGGAUUGUGGGGGAAACCACAAGAAGUACUAGAGAAAUGAAAUGGAGCUUAGUAGUUGCUGGCAUGACAUCAAAAGUACGGGUUUAUAUAUUUCUUUUUACUUUUUUAGUGGGGCAGAGAGUCUUUAGGGUGGAGGGAUACCCUUGAUUGGGAAGGGUGGUUGUACAAUAUUCGAAUACUCCAUUGAACAUUUAACUGAUGUAGCUUAACGAGGAUAAGGGAGAUAUCCCUUGAACAAUUUAGAUUAUCCAAAAUAUAUAUAUAUAUUAUAUAUUUCA